CGUCAUUUCCGGUUAAACGAUGGCGGCGUCCAUGCGUGGCAGAGUCGGAGAGAUGCCGUGUACCACCCGCGAGAUGGUUUCUCACGUAGUUUUCGCGCUCUUACUCGUCUCAGCGCGGUGUCUAGCGGACGAUAGUAUUAGAGUUUCUAGACCUCGCGGUGUCGCACUUAAACAUGCGUCUUUAUACGACCGCACGAGAAAUUUCACAUGCUUCGACGGCAAGAGAGACGUCGAGUUUUUUAUGGUGAACGACGACUAUUGUGACUGCGACGACGGCUCAGACGAACCAGGCACCUCGGCCUGCACCAAUGGCAAGUUCCAUUGUGACAACUUGGGCCACAAGGGCCAGGACAUUCCUUCCUCCUGGGUGAAUGACGGCAUUUGUGAUUGCUGCGACGGCAGCGAUGAAUAUGGGACCUCGGCCGGCUGCGUCAACAACUGCCUCGAGCUCGGGCGCCAAGCACGGGAAGAGGAAGCGAAGAUGCGCGAGCUGCUCACACGUGGUCUGCAGUUGCAGCAGGAGAUGGCCAACAAGGGCAAGGAGCACCGACAGUACUGCAAGAACAAGCUCGAGGAGCUGCGCGUGAGUGUGGAGGAAGCGCGCAAGUCGCGUGAAGCCCUCGAAGCCGUGAAGAACCAGGCGAUGGAAGCAGAGACCCAAGCUCUUCAGAAGUACAAGGACGCGGACGCUGAGCGUAAACGGGAACAGGAGGAACUGGAAAUGCAACGCCACCAGGAGGAGGAGAAAGAGCACGCACGUGAGGCUUUUACUGAGCUGGACUUGGAUGGAAAUGGCAUGCUCACCGCUGAGGAGCUGCAGAAGAACAUCAUCUUCGACCAGAACAGAGACGGCACUGUGUCUGUGGAGGAGGCCAAGUUCUUCUUGCACAUGAAGGAAGAGAUGGGCCUGGAGGAGUUCUCAAACACAGGCUGGAUGAUCAUGAAGCCCAUCUACACCGCAAGCAAGAUGCCUCCUGCUGCAGAAACAGCUCCGCCACCGCUUCCGCCGCCCGUAGAUGAGCUUCCGCCCACCACCACGGAAACCACACCGAUGCCUUCAUCCAAGGAGGAAGAUGAAGGAGAAGGAGAAGACCUCUCCGAGGAACACCUGGACGAAGGAGAGGAGGAAGACGAGGAUGUGGAACCACCCAAGUUCCCACCCAAGGAGGAAGAGGACACCUCGGCGGACACGUCCACUACAGACACGACCGAGUAUGACGAGGAGACCAAACAACUCAUUGAAGCUGCCAAGAAAGCACGAGACGAGUAUACUGAAGCUGACUCCAAUGUCAGAAAACUCGAGUCUGAGAUCAAGACAUUGGAGCAGUCCCUCGACACCGACUACGGCCCCGACGAUGAAUUUGCAGCCCUGCGUGACCAGUGCUUCGAGUACACUGAUCGGGAGUACACGUACAAGCUGUGCCCCUUCGACCAGGCAUCGCAGGCACCCAAGGCUGGAGGGUCUGAGACCAGCUUAGGACGUUGGGGAAGCUGGCAUGGGCCAGACGACAGCAAGUACAGCGUCAUGAAGUACGACGGAGGUGCAACCUGCUGGAACGGGCCUGCGAGAUCCGUCGUGGUUGACCUUCACUGCGGCCUGGAAAACCAGCUGACGUCGGCCUCGGAGCCAAACCGGUGCGAAUACCACUUCGACUUCAGCACUCCGGCGGCAUGUUCCCAACCGGCAACCGACACGCCUACAGAGUCGCACGUCCACGAAGAACUCUAACGGAUCUUCAUUACUACGUUCCGCAGUCCUUGGGGGGGGUGGGCAUCCAUGUUAGACCAUUCCAGCGGGGACCGAAUAAACGCAUCUCACCAGUGGUGUGCACAUGGAUGCAGCCAAGGAGGGAGGGAAAGACUGGCAUUGCGCACAGGGGUGUUGUGAUGUGUGGCAUGCGUUGAUCACCUGCACGGCAUUGAGCUUUGCGAAGAGAUUGGCGAAGUGAUUUCGUGGCUGUCGGUCUCAUUCUUCUCUGGCCUUUCGUACGUUUGUCAGAAGGCCAGCGCCAACCUUUACUUCUUUCCCUGCCCCCUUUGCCUUCGAGCCGGUGAAAGUAUUUCGCUGUUGAACCAACACUGACCUUUUGUCCUCUAUACUUCAUGUUUCUGCUUUGUUUAUUUUUACCUACCAUAAGAAAUAAAAGCGUGUGAUAAUGCUUUCUUUUUAA